AUGUUAUAAAAGAAGAAGAAGAAGUGUCUAAAGGAGUAGACAUGGGUGGAUGCACAAGCAAGCAAGAGAGAAGAAGUAUGAGAAGUGUGAAGGAGACAUCAAAAGACCAAAGCAGAGGAAGAAGACCCUUGAUAAAAGAGAGAGAAGAGAAGGAGAGAGUGAUGCUUGAUCAACUUAGAGAGGCUGAGAGAAAGUGGAGGAAAGAGAGGAAGAAGCUGAGAGAGGAAGUGAGGAGACUAAGGAAGAAACUAGAGGAAAGAGAGGAAGCAAAGACAACAACAACAGAGGAAAGAGAGUAUUGGAAGUGGGUGGUUGAGGAGAUGUGUGUAGAGAGAGCAGUGAGAGAUGAAGCCAUUGAGAAAUGGAAACAACUCUAUUUAGCUAUCAAGAAUGAGCUUGAUCAUCUCAUCACCCACACUACUUCUUCCUCCGGAGAAGCAAUAAUGCAAAGGAAACUUGAGGAAGAAGAAGAAGAAGAAGAAGAAGCAAAGAGAGUUGAAGAAUUGAGAGAUGAAAUUAGAGUUAAAGAAGAGACAAUUGAGACACUUCAAGAGAAAAUAGUUUUGAUGGAUAGACAAAAAAUCUUCCUUCUCACUCUCAAAGUCUUCACUUUUGAAGUGUCUCCUCCACACGCACUGCGCCGUCAAAAACCCUUCUUUAAACCCUUUUCUCCACGCGCCGUCAUGCACGCCACCAUCCUCUCCCCACGCGCCACUCUCUUCCCCUGUAAACCUCUCCUCCAUCCCCACAAUGUCAACUCUCGUAACCGCCCCUCAACCAUCUCCUGCUCCGUCCAAUCCGUAACCGCUGAUCCUUCACCACCUCUCACUGACUCCAACAAGCUCAACAAAUACAGCUCAAGAAUCACUGAACCCAAAUCCCAAGGUGGGUCUCAAGCAAUUCUUCACGGUGUUGGUUUAUCAGACGACGAUUUGCUAAAACCCCAAAUUGGUAUCUCGUCGGUUUGGUAUGAAGGGAACACUUGUAACAUGCAUUUGUUGAAAUUGUCUGAGGCUGUGAAAGAAGGAGUUGAAAAUGCAGGAAUGGUUGGGUUUAGGUUUAAUACGAUUGGUGUGAGUGAUGCUAUUUCGAUGGGAACUAGAGGGAUGUGUUUUAGUUUGCAAUCUAGGGAUUUGAUUGCUGAUAGUAUUGAGACUGUGAUGAGUGCUCAAUGGUAUGAUGGUAACAUAUCUAUUCCUGGUUGUGAUAAAAAUAUGCCUGGAACUAUUAUGGCCAUGGGAAGGCUUAACAGACCAGGCAUUAUGGUUUAUGGUGGAACCAUUAAGCCUGGCCAUUUUCAAGACAAGACAUAUGACAUAGUAUCUGCUUUCCAGAGUUAUGGAGAAUUUGUUAGUGGCUCUAUAAGUGAUGAACAAAGAAAGACUGUCCUCCAUCAUUCAUGUCCUGGAGCUGGAGCCUGUGGUGGCAUGUACACAGCUAAUACAAUGGCUUCCGCCAUCGAAGCAAUGGGAAUGUCCCUUCCUUACAGUUCUUCAAUACCUGCUGAAGACCCAUUGAAAUUGGACGAGUGUCGCUUAGCUGGAAAAUAUCUUCUAGAAUUGUUAAAGAUGGACUUGAAACCACGGGACAUUAUCACUCCAAAAUCACUUCGUAAUGCAAUGGUUUCCGUCAUGGCCCUUGGGGGAUCAACAAAUGCAGUAUUGCAUCUAAUUGCUAUUGCAAGGUCUGUUGGUUUGGAGUUGACUCUUGACGAUUUUCAGAAGGUCAGCGAUGCGGUUCCAUUUCUAGCAGAUCUUAAACCCAGUGGGAAAUAUGUUAUGGAGGAUAUACAUAAGAUAGGUGGUACGCCAGCUGUUCUCCGGUAUCUAUUAGAGCUAGGAUUGAUGGAUGGGGAUUGUAUGACAGUCACAGGGCAGACUUUGGCUCAAAAUUUAGAAAACGUCCCCCGCUUAACAGAAGGGCAGGAGAUAAUUAGACCUCUGUCAAAUCCAAUUAAGGAGACUGGACACAUACAAAUUUUGAGAGGAGACCUUGCACCAGAUGGUUCGGUAGCAAAAAUUACCGGCAAAGAGGGCUUAUAUUUCUCUGGUCCCGCGCUUGUAUUUGAAGGAGAGGAAUCUAUGCUGGCUGCUAUAUCAGCAGACCCAAUGAGGUUUAAGGGAACAGUGGUUGUUAUCAGAGGAGAGGGGCCUAAAGGAGGUCCAGGUAUGCCUGAGAUGUUGACACCGACAAGUGCAAUAAUGGGUGCCGGUCUUGGAAAGGAAUGUGCAUUACUGACUGAUGGUAGGUUUUCUGGUGGGUCACACGGUUUUGUUGUUGGCCACAUUUGCCCUGAAGCUCAGGAGGGUGGUCCGAUUGGUCUGAUCAAGAACGGAGACAUAAUCACCAUUGACAUAGGAAAGAAGAGAAUAGACACUCAAGUCUCGCCCGAAGAAAUGAAUGACCGUAGAAAGAAAUGGACCGCUCCUGCAUACAAGGUUAACCGUGGAGUUCUAUACAAGUACAUCAAGAACGUGCAAUCGGCUUCAAAUGGAUGCGUGACUGACGAAUAAGUGAACGAUCGAAGAGGGAGUUUUGUGAAUGAGCAGCAGAAUGUAGUGUGUUCAUGAGGGAAUUUGUACGUUUAUUUAUUGUAGCUUCUUAGAUCAUGUUACUUUGUGACUGAUCAUUAGCUAUUUGCAGAUUUUUAAGAUUUUGUUUCUCUUAACUGUCAAAAAUAAAAACUUUUGAUUGUG